GGAACCGGGACACGAAUAAUCAUGUGAGACAAUUGAUCCCAAAGCAUUUCUUAGUACGUAGACUCAUCACUUAUAUAAUGGAUUGAUGCUAACUAUGAGACAUCAGCAGAAACCUUCAGAAACCUUUGGGUUUAUAUCCCUGCAGCCACCGUGGCAGAGCUCAUCAGCUACCAGCCCGUGUAGGCGGUAACUUGGGCUGCUUCCCCGGGCUUGGACUUCAACCAGUGCUCACUACAACUUUAAGAAGUAAAUUACUUAUUUUUCCUUUCCUUCAGGAAAUCACAUGGAGGUGCUCUUGUGCUCACAUGACAGUUCGUGCCAUGGCAGGAGAGAUCAAUGAAGGCUCAGUUCCUGCCUAUUACAGGGAAGUGCAUGAGGCUAUCUGUUGUAGGACAGAUGAGAGAGUGCAGGUUGAAGUUUUUCAGCGGCUGCUCCAAAGGACCGUGCUCUCCAAGGCUGCUCUUAACCAGAUCGCUGAGCAUGUUGAAUCCUCGGAUGGAUUCCUGAGCAAGCUGUCCCUCUAUAAAGCGCUUGCUUUGAUUGCUCUUGCUCAACAAGGAAAGCAGCCGAUCCCCAAACUGUUGGAGAACUGCAUACAGGAGUUACCCAAACCUCAGCUUGGCGAGCCGAAGGAGCUGAACGCCCUGAGGAUGCAACCAGCUCAGGAAGACGUGCUAACGAUGUCCCAGACGUUGGACAAACUCCUGGCGACCGACACUGUCCGUGUGGAGCUCAUACCUGAGAAGAAAGGCUUGUUCCUCAAACAUGUGGAGUACCAGAUCACCAGCCAGCGUUAUAAGAUCUCAGUUUACAGGCGUUAUAGUGAUUUUGACGUCUUCCAUGAGGUUUUGCUCCAGAGAUUUGCCUACAGAGUGGUCCCAGCGUUGCCACCCAAAAGGAUGUUAAAGGGUGUUCUGACCUCCGUUUCUGAGCGGGAGUUCAUUGAGGGGAGGAGACGAGCCCUCUGCAGAUUCCUUAAUUUGGUGGCUCGCCAUCCUUUCUUCUCGGAGGAUGAGCUGGUCAAGACCUUCCUCACCUUCAGUGGCUCAGAUGUUCAGACCAAGCUGCGUGACACUUACAAGAAAACUGGGGAUGAGUUCAUGACCAACAGAAUUGCAACUCAGGCUAAGGAAUAUCUCCCAGCAGACAUCCAGGCACAGUUCUCAAUGAGCAGAGAGGUAAUAAGAAACAUCCACAACAGUUUCCAAAAGCUGCGGGACAGGGCUGACAAAAUGGCCGAGCGUUCAAAGGAGAACGCAGCUGACCUGCUCCUGUUUGGCAGAGAGCUCAGUACUCUGGGCACAGAUACUUUGCCUCUUCCCUCCCUGGCCUCCUCACAAAGCACCUGGGGGACUCUGCGUCAAUCUCUAAAGAGCCUGUCUGUAGAGUUCGCUCUGUUAUCCGACAAAGCAGCUCAGCAGGGCAGACGGGAAGAGGAUGAUGUUGUGGAAAAGUUGAAUCUCUUCCUAGAUCUGCUGCAGUCCUAUAGAGAUCUUUGUGAGCGGCAUGAAAAGGGCGUGCUUCACGAACACCAGAGAGCUCUGCACAAGUACGGCAUGAUGAAGAGGCAGAUGAUGAGUGCCACCGUUCAGUCUAAAGAGCAGGCAUCUGUGGAACAGCUGGAAUCACGAAUUGUACAGCAAGAAAGUGCUAUCCAGACCAUGGAGCUCCGUAACUACUUCUCUCUUUUCUGCCUUCAUCAAGAGACUCAGCUUAUCUUCACCUACCUUCCAAUCACUUCCCACAUUUUGGGAGCUUUUGUUAACUCACAGGUCCAAGGACACAGAGAGAUGGGAGAGGUGUGGAACGAACUCCACCCGAAGCUUGGGUGUCUUUUUGGUGGUAAUGGAUUGAAAGCUCCUAUCUGAAACCCGAAUGCAUGAGAUGAAGAGAAAAAAAACGAGGAUCACAAACUGGAAAAUAAAAAGCUCUGUGAGCUAAAGCAAAAAACAACAACUAUGUAAUGAAACAUUAUAGAACAACUGUUCCCAUACAUUACACUAUGUGCAUUUCCCUCUGUGGGACAACUUUUACUGUCUUACUUCUGUUCAUGUUGGCUGCAAAGGACAGUGAGUGCAGUGGACAGUGUUAGUCUGCCAUCUUAUUUUCCUUAGAGUUAACAUACCGUACAAAAAACCCAUCCAGCAGAUAAUUUUGCAUUGGAUACAAUAAGGGCAACAGUAUAUUUUACAUUCCAAACACCUGUGCUGAGGCACCUGUUGAAAACCUUUAAGAAGUUGAACACACUAAGAUAGCAGAGACAAGUUGAAGAGUUUCUUUUAACCAGGGGGUGCCUUUUUCAUUAACUUAGACUAGUAUAUAAGUUGUGUUUUAUAAGAAAAUGUAGCGGCAUACUUUAUAUAUUAUGGACAAUCUUGUGUUAUUUUUUGUGCCUACAUUUUUAUGCAGUGGGGCCCCUUAAGAAUGAUUUAAAAUAUAUACAUACACUAAUUUGUUUAGCACCACUCCUAAAAAAUCUGCAAAUAAAUUCAAUUCUAUAAUAUUUCUUGAGGAAAAUGUCAAAUAAAGAGUAUCAGUGAUGACCAGUUAAUUUGAAGAAUCUGGUCUCUAGAACAGGUUUGUAGAAUCAGAGCAAAACCCCAAUGCAAAGUUUGAGUGUUAUAAGGUUUUUAAAAUUUCAAGUAAGCUUGGUUUCCACUAAUCUAGACAGAUUGCUUCUAAAAGGAAAGGGCAUUGUUGCAGCACCAAGGUGUAGCUGAAAACAACGACCACUCCAAGAAUAAGACAUAUAUUUGUCCACAUGAUCAGUAGCACGUAGGCUU